AUGGCCACCCAACUCUGGAAUUUCAUCCUCGCGGAGAUCCAGAAAUUCCGCAGCACAGCCAAAGAUGUCGUCUUAUCGCGCACCUGGUGGUACCCAUUCCAAGGGCUGAUCUACCUCUCAACCCACGAGCCCCUCCGCCGUCCCUUUCUCUCUCGACUCGGCCAAACCGUCACCCUGGGCGUCGGCAUCACCACCGGCAUGUUCUUCUUCACCUACCUACCCCAAACGGCACUCCUGAGCCUGACCAACGGCCCCUGGGCCCCUAUCUCCGCCGCCCUGCUCGUGAUCUCCGAAUCCGCGUCCCUAACCACCUUCGUCGCCCGCUCGUGGUCCCUCCGCGACGACCUCACGGAUACCUUCGACGCGACGCUUCUGGAAAAAGGUUCCGACGAUCUCGUCGCGGAGGGACGACAUGUCCAGCCCCGUGCGAGCGGGAGGGAUGUGGUGAGACGGCUUGGGAAGAUGGUGAAGGAGCCCGCUGAGAGGUUGAGGCCGCAGGCGCUGCUCAAUGCGGUGAUCUUGUUGCCGUUGAAUCUUGUGCCGGUGGUUGGGACGGCGGUUUAUGUGUGGUUGCAGGGUCAGAGGGCGGGGCCGUUGGUUCAUAAAAGGUUUUUCCAGUUGAAGGGGUGGGAUGAUCGCAGGGUUGAGGAGUGGGUGAGGAGGAAUAGGGCUGGGUAUACCGGGUUCGGUAUCGCUGCUAUUUCGCUCGAGAUGGUACCGUUCUUGUCGCUGGUGUUCGCGUUCAGUAACACCGUUGGGGCGGCGCUGUGGGCUGCGGAUUUGGAGAGGGAAGGGGAGAAUAAAUCCUCGGGUAUCUGA